GGUAAAUCCUCGGUUGAUAACAAGCGUCAAAUCAGGUUGAUUGGAUUUGGUAUUUGGCACCCAGCCAAGGCAAAAGCUACAAAAUAUCGUCGAUAUUUCUGUUAUGCGCUAUCUUGGACAUCCACGACGCUGUAGCGAUACCGCAUCUUCACGCGCCUCACAUCCCUCCAAUCGACAUGUGGCGGAUACAUAGUGGUCUAUUAUAACCUUCCGACGACCCCCGCUAUCCGCCAUGCCGCCGCACCUACACCCGCGAUCGCGGAUGACAUCUUCGCUCUUCGCCACGACUGUAGCAGCAAGCUUCUUUGUCGUAGCUCUCCCACACAUCCUCCCAUGUCCGGUGCCUCGCGUAAAAUAUGCCGAUUCAGAAAUAGCCGCAGACGGUACCAGGCGACGCCGACGGAGGAAACCUACCGAGCCAACCGAAGUGAAAAGCGGUAUCGUCCAAUUCGAGAGUUCUAAUGAGGAUUUUGAGAAAAUUGCUGCUGUGAGGCGCGGCGCUGCUAUGGGGGCAAGGAAGGAAAGAGAAUGCCCUGUCCCGAAACCGGGAGGUGUCAUUGGCGACAUAAUGGGAUUUAACAAGUCGAAAAUAGAAGAGGGUAAAACGGGGGCGAGUGAUAAUACGUAGGGCAGCAUUGGAUUGGAAAGUCACCCCCAAAGACUUUCUCCCUGUAAAUUGUAUAUAUCAUAAAACGGCACAAUGGGUGUCUACGGCAUCAGAAUCGUCACUCCACAAAUAUCUCGCCAUGAAUAUAUUAAGUAAUUACUUUGCAC